GGGCUCCAGGGGCGGGGCCGCGGAGGGCGAGAGGCAGCCUGGGAAGCCGCGCCAUAUUGGCGGCGGCCGCGCUGUAUUGUCAUAAAUAGAGCCGGUUUUGUGGUAUUUUCACUACUCGGUUGAAUGCCUCGGCUGUAGAGAGUGGGGAAGUGAGCGAGCAAGCGAGCUACAAGCGAGCGAAGGGAAGUGGACAGAGGAAGGAAGAGAGGGCAAGAACAGGACCCCAAAGCGAAAGACACUCGCUGGAGAGAGACGCAGGAAGCGAUGAAAGAGAUGUCUGCAAACACUAUGCUGGACAGCCAGCGUCAACAAAAGCAUUAUGGAAUUACCUCUCCGAUUAGUUUGGCAUGUCCUAAAGAAAUUGAUCAUAUUUAUACACAGAAAUUAAUUGAUGCCAUGAAACCAUUUGGAGUAUUUGAAGAUGAAGAAGAAUUAAACCACAGGCUGGUUGUUCUUGGUAAAUUGAACAAUUUAGUAAAAGAAUGGAUUUCUGACAUCAGUGAAAGUAAGAAUCUCCCACCUUCUGUUGUGGCUACUGUUGGUGGUAAAAUUUUCACAUUUGGAUCUUACAGGCUUGGAGUGCACACCAAAGGAGCUGAUAUUGAUGCACUUUGUGUUGCCCCAAGACAUGUGGAGAGAUCAGAUUUUUUUCAGUCCUUUUUUGAAAAAUUGAAACAUCAAGAUGGCAUUAGAAACUUAAGAGCUGUAGAAGACGCUUUUGUACCUGUUAUAAAAUUUGAAUUUGAUGGUAUUGAAAUUGAUCUAGUCUUUGCAAGAUUGGCAAUACAAACCAUAUCAGAUAAUUUAGAUCUAAGAGAUGACUCUCGCCUAAGAAGUCUUGAUAUACGGUGCAUUCGAAGUUUAAAUGGAUGUAGAGUUACUGAUGAAAUUUUGCACUUAGUGCCAAAUAAAGAAACUUUUAGACUUACCCUAAGAGCUGUCAAAUUAUGGGCAAAGCGUCGUGGUAUUUAUUCCAAUAUGCUGGGAUUCCUUGGUGGAGUCUCCUGGGCAAUGCUGGUUGCCAGAACUUGCCAGCUGUACCCAAAUGCAGCAGCUUCAACGUUAGUUCACAAGUUUUUUUUAGUUUUUUCCAAAUGGGAAUGGCCAAAUCCUGUGCUGUUGAAGCAACCAGAAGAAAGCAACUUGAAUUUGCCUGUCUGGGAUCCUCGGGUAAAUCCAUCAGACAGGUAUCAUCUUAUGCCAAUAAUUACCCCUGCCUACCCACAACAGAAUUCUACAUAUAAUGUGUCUACAUCAACUAGAACAGUAAUGGUAGAAGAAUUUAAACAAGGUCUUGCAGUUACAGAUGAAAUUCUUCAAGGGAAAUCAGAUUGGUCCAAACUAUUAGAGCCACCAAAUUUCUUUCAAAAAUACAGACAUUAUAUAGUACUGACUGCCAGUGCAUCAACAGAAGAGAACCAUCUAGAAUGGGUUGGAUUAGUAGAAUCUAAAAUUCGUGUACUUGUUGGAAACUUGGAACGGAAUGAAUUUAUUACUCUUGCCCAUGUGAAUCCCCAGUCAUUCCCAGGAAAUAAGGAACAUCAUAAAGCCAACAAUUACGUAUCAAUGUGGUUCCUCGGGAUAAUUUUUCGGAGAGUAGAAAAUGCAGAAAGUGUUAACAUAGACUUGACAUAUGAUAUACAGUCAUUUACAGAUACAGUGUACAGGCAGGCAAACAAUAUAAAUAUGCUGAAGGAUGGAAUGAAAAUUGAAGCAACUCAUGUAAAGAAAAAACAGCUUCAUCAUUACCUACCAGCAGAGAUUCUUCAAAAGAAGAAAAAGAGUCUUUCUGAUGUAAGUCGGAGUUCUGGGGGCCUUCAGUCCAAAAGAUCAUCUCUGGAUAGCAAUUAUCUGGAUAGCUCCAGAGACACUGACAGUGGAACACCUUUUAACUCUCCAGUGUCUGCAAAUAAGCCUUCCAACCCAGACAGCCCCACAGGAGAAGCAGAAAGGAGUAGUGCUGAGCCCGUGGCUGUGAUUGUGGAGAAGCUGUCAAGUGUUCCCCCGGCUCAGGGGCUAUCCAUCCCAGUCAUUGGUGCAAAGGUUGACCCUACAGUAAAAGCUGUAACCUCCCCAGCUGUGUGCACCAUUCCUACUGUAGUAGGACGGAAUGUUAUUCCUAGAAUCACAACCCCUCACAACCCUAUCCAGGGACAACCACAUCUAAAUGGAAUAUCAAAUAUUACUAAGAAUGUUACACCCAAAAGAUCACAUUCACCGCCUACGGAUGGGACUUCUAAGAGGCUGAAAGACAUAGAGAAGUUCAUUCGACUUGAGUCAGCAUUUAAGGAGUCCCGUGCUGCUGAGGAUAGGAAAAGAAAACCAAUGGAUUCAAUUGGUGGAGAUUCUAUGCCUAUUCCAACUAUUGAUACAUCCCGAAAAAAGAGACUACCCAGUAAAGAACUGCCAGAUUCAUCAUCUCCAGUUCCAGCCAACAACAUCCGAGUCAUCAAGAACUCGAUCCGCCUGACCCUUAAUAGGUAAUGGCAGUGCCUCUCCACUUAGGUGAGCGUGCAGACAUGCAUGGCAUUGAUGGCAGCCAGUCCUCAAAGUAGAACCAGCUGCCAUACAAACAGGUGACAGGGACAGUCGCCAGCCGAAUGACCUUGGAGUGGUUUUUGAACUCUCACACUUGAACCCUGAGAUGACGUAGCAUUCUCUCACUGAUUGCCACACACACUCUGAGGACACCUGCUAGUAAACGUCACCUACAAUAUUAUGGCUUUUCAUUUUGAGGUUUUACUGCCUUAACUUUUGAUGUUUGUUUCUCUGUUAUGGGAACCAGUUCUUGGCCACUUGGACUCUGAUAAAAACAAGUCCUGAACUGUUUUUUCGUUUUUUCUUUUUUUCUUUUUCUUUUUUUCUUUUUCUUUUUCUUUAAGUCUUAUGUUGUAAUCAUUGUAUAGAGCUGAAAAAGUUAAAAACAACAAAAAAAAAAAAACCCCUGUCUUGUAAUUUUCCAAAUGUUUAUGUGUUUACUUUAGCAUUGAAGCCACUUUGUGAAACCCAAGAUUAAUGAAUGUGAGAUAUCUUUUCUGCUUCCUUCAUUUGUGUAGAUAUCUAUUUUGUUUAUUUAAAUUAUUUUUUCCAAACCAGCACAUAAAUAUCUAACUAUUUUUUGUGCUUUUGUCCAAAUGUUGCAUAGUUACCAGGGAGGAUUAGUCCAGUGACUACACAAGAGUUGGGCGCCAUGAAUGUUCUGCCUCCCAUGGAGGCCUUCAAAAUGCAUCUUUAUUAAAAAUCAAACUACAGCCAGGAUACUGAAAGUCAGUAUAUGAAUGGUGAAAUUGUUACAUAUCUUACUAUCUCAUGACAUUCUUGUUAGUUGAUUGGUAUUUUUUACAGAGGAAAAAUUCAUUCUACCAUCAAUAAGAUCCCUUUAAGUAUAGCAGACUUGUAUUUUUGAAGUAUAAAAGUAACUCAGCAUGAUAAUCCCUCACCAUAACUUCCCACAGUCACCAACAGUUUCUUCAUGGAUUAGGCAUGCAGAAAUAAGCAGUGGAUUUUAUUGAAACCUCAAGGCAUUUUUGAAUGACAUUGUUACCAACCAUUAAUUGGCUCAGGACCUUUGUAGUUUUCAUUUAACUAUAUGAGUUGUCUUUUUUUACACUGCUUUUUUCAGUGCAUUUCUUAAUAUUUUUUAAGUUUCAUGAAUGCAUGCUCAGUUUAUUAAAAAUCCACAACCAUGUAAUUCUUGUAAUCUGUUGACUCCGUGUUUUGUAAAUGAAGUCGUAUGUAUUUUCAGAGUAUUUUUGUAUGUACUGUAAGAUAUCAUCUUUUCAAAGAGAAACUUUAAAACCUUUA